AACACACACUGCCACACAAAGCCCAUCGUAAACCGAACUGCCUGUCAGUCGAAGCGUGUGUGUGCCAAGGUUUUCGGGUUGUUAGCUGCACUCUGGAAUUCGAUCAUUCAGAAAAGAAGCGUGUGAAAAUACAACGAUCAUAAUGUCCUCCGGCGAUCAGCAAACGUCCACCGCCACUACAGGGCAACCGCAUUUACAGAAGCAGGAUCUCUCGAAGCUGGACAUUACGAAGCUAACACCGCUCUCGCCGGAAGUUAUAUCGCGACAGGCUACAAUUAACAUUGGCACCAUCGGCCAUGUAGCGCACGGUAAAUCGACAGUCGUGAAGGCCAUCUCGGGCGUGCAGACUGUUCGUUUUAAGAACGAACUGGAACGCAACAUUACGAUCAAACUGGAACCUUUGUCGAUGAGUUUUAUCAAUACAUUGAAUAAUGACCCAAAAGAAAUGGAAAGUUACGUGGACAAGAUACAUAAGCAGUACAAAUCACCUUACAGUCACGCGACACUCGAUAGCAGUAGUAGUAGGAACACACCCACCGUAAACCGGAAAAGGAAGCUCUCCACUGUCACGAACGGAUUGGACGAGAGUCCCACAAGCACCAGCGAAUCGCAUCGCAUGAAACAGGCAAAGAUUUUCGAUUUUUUUCAUCUUUCGCCUCCCGAAAGCUCACCGCCAGCGCGUAUAGCCAGAAGUCAGCGUUCAAAAUCCACUUCGUCGUCAGAACAGCGUGCGUCGGGUGUCUUGCGCCAGCCACUUAACGACAAGGCAAAACGAUUAUCACUUCCGGCUAGCUCCAUCAAGAAGGAGCUGCUGACAGACGACCAAAGUACGGACAUUAUUUCCCCGGCUAAUGGGCUUUCGAGCUCUGGCAUCCCGAAAAUAACCAUUAAAGUGGAACGGGAUACAGAACGAUCCAUCACACCGACACGAAACGGCAAAAGCGCACAGGAUAAAUUAAGCGAAUCGAAGACACCAACGGCGUUGUCCGUUUUAUCACCGUACAGGGAAUGUAAGGUGGACCUGUCGGCCGACCUAAGCCUCGAUAAUCUGGCAGCCACAGCAGCAAACGCUGGCUCCCAAUCAGCUAAUGGCACACCGUCGAACGAUGCAAAAGUCGGCCAAAGUAAAAUACUCUCCAACUCUGCCGGCGGCAGAAGCGGUUCGAAACAAAGAAGAAAGUCUAGCUCCACACGGCCAAAGGAGCAGCAAAGCGACAGCAGCAAAAACACAAGCAAAUCAAAGGUAACAAAAUCAACGCACAGGGAAUGUAAAGUGGACAAAUCGGCGAAAAGCUCAACCACCACACCACAACGGACAACGAAAGCAAACGUUGCCCCCCACAAAUCGUCUAAUGGUACACCUUCGAACGAUGCACCAGCCAAAAUGGUCAACAAAACUAAUACCGGCGGAAGCGGCUCGAAACAACGCAGAAAGUCAACAACCACCCAGCAAAAGGAGUACACCGUUGAAGCGAUCGAGGACAUUCAGAGGGUGGGCAAUGUGCCCGUAUUCUUCGUCAAAUGGCAGGGCUACCCGAGCGAACAGAACACUUGGGAGCCGCUGAGCAACGUCAGCAGCUGCUUACUGCUGGACAGCUUUCUGACCGAUCAGCUUGCUUGGUGGCAGUACUGGGUAGAGCGCAUAAGGGGCACGGUUAAGGCGAGUGACGAAUACUUGGCGACGGUCGAGCAACACGCGAACGGUAGCAAACCGUUUCAAGAAAUACUGCUCGAGCAUAAGCAGUACGAUUGGAACGAGCUGCGGGCCGAUCUGAUUCUGCUGUCCAAGCUGUGGAUGAACCGUAGGCGCGACAAGUGCGUCCGGGAUCGAGUCGCCCUGAAUAUGCGCCGCGAGCUGUCGUUCGCCAAGCGCCGCGAGCAGCUGGAACAGCUGCGCCAGUUCGAGAACCACAUCAACGAGCACGAACCGACGCUUCGCAUUGUGGUGGAAAACGAGCAAGAUCUCGAUGCGCCACCGAGCAACUUUAUCUACCUGCGCGCGAACAUAUCCGCCGAAGGGAUCUCCAUACCGAACGAUCCGCCCGUCGGCUGCGAGUGCGCACCGUGCACCAACCGGAGCAACUGCUGCGGCAAGCUAUCCGAGGGCCGGUUUGCGUACAGCGUGAAGAAGCGACUUUUGCUGCAGCCCGGUGCACCGAUCUUUGAGUGCAACAAAAAGUGCGCCUGCGGCCCGGACUGUCUGAACCGGGUGGUGCAGAAUGGGGGUAAAUGCAAUCUGACACUGUUCAAAACAUCGAACGGACGGGGCUGGGGCGUCCGGACCAAUGCGGUCAUUUACGAAGGCCAAUACAUCUCCGAGUACUGCGGCGAGGUGAUAUCGUACGAUGAGGCGGAAAAGCGGGGCCGGGAGUACGAUGCCGUCGGUAGGACGUACCUGUUCGAUCUGGACUUCAACGAUUCGGACAAUCCGUACACACUGGACGCGGCCCGGUACGGCAACGUGACGCGCUUCUUUAACCAUUCGUGCGAUCCGAACUGUGGCAUCUGGUCGGUGUGGAUCGAUUGUCUCGAUCCGUACCUGCCCCGGCUGGCGUUUUUCGCUCUGCGGCGCAUCGAAAUCGGGGAAGAGCUGACAUUCAACUACCACGCACAGGUUACGACUACCGCUACGAACAGCGUGCCGAAUGGUGCAUCGAAGAACGGGGAUGGGGACGAAGCGACGGCAAACGGGACGACGGAUGCAUCAUCCGGGGACAGCACUACCACCACCACCGGCAGCGGCAUCGCGAGUGGUCGAAAUACCAAAGGCGUUACGGAGUGCCGGUGUGGCAGUGCAAACUGUAGAAAGUUUAUCUUCUAAAAUCGGUUGGAAGUGCUGGUGUGUAUAAUGUCCUAGCUAUAAGUAUUGAAUAAAUGGAAAUACUCUUUUAACCCCUACCCGAA